AUGGUGACCGAAUCCGAGUUUCCUCCGCCACCAGCCAAUCUUGAUUGGAACAACAUUGGCAUACAGAUUCGCGAGGUCAACGGACAUGUCCAAUGUCGAUAUAACGUUCAAACGGGAUGCUGGAGCGAGCCUGAGGUGGUCAAGGGAACUGAUCUGACUGUCAGCGGACUGUCUCCUGCGUUAAAUUAUGGAAUGCAAGCCUACGAAGGCAUGAAAGCCUUCCGCUAUCCGAAUGGACAUAUUCAUGUGUUCAGACUCCCGGAUCACAGCGCUCGUCUGCGCCAUUCGUGCGAGUUUGUCUCGAUUCCUCCUCUGCCAACGGAUCAAUUUUCCCGUUGCGUGUCGUUGGCUGUGUCCAUCAAUGCCGAGUUCGUUCCUCCGCAUGAUACCAGUGCGGCACUCUAUAUCCGACCCCUAGUCUUCGGCUCUGGACCGCAGAUUAACCUCAUCUUACCAGACGAGUAUACCUUUUGCGUCUUUGUUUUGCCCGUCACGGGCCUCCUGGGAGCCAGGGCGGUGGACGCGCUGGUUUUGGAAGAGUUUGACCGCACAGCCCCGAUGGGAACGGGAUCGGCCAAGGUAGGGGGCAACUAUGCUCCCGUCCUGAGGUGGUCGAUGCAGGCGAAGUCACAAGGCUAUGGAAUCACUCUGCAUCUGGAUAGCAAAACCCGAUCCGAAAUUGACGAGUUCUCUGCCGCAGGGUUUAUCGGCGUCAAACAGAUGGGCGAGGAUGUCACAUUAGUCACCCCGGAUAGUCCGAAUAUCAUCCGAAGCAUCACCAGCGAGAGCUGCCUUCAGCUGGCACGUUCAUUUGGAUGGAAGGUUGAGCUCCGACCCGUGAAAUACGAAGAGUUGUCCGAAUUUUCGGAGAUCUUGGCUGUCGGUACAGCGGCCGUGGUGGUGCCCAUUAGUUCAAUAACGAGAACGGCUCGUGGGGAGAAGUUUGUGUAUACACCUACGGUAGAAGGGAGCUACCAGUGUGCCACAAAGUUGUCCAAGGCAAUCCAGGAUAUCCAGAGAGGUCUCGCAGAGGACGUAUUCUCGUGGUGUUACCCUAUUAUGAGGCCAGAAACCUACCAUUCAAGCAAAGAGAUCGAUAUAUAG